UAUUCUCUCUUAUUCCUUUUGUUUCACAAAAGAUCUUAUUUUAAAGAAAAAUGCAAUACCAGAUGGAAUCGUGGGGAUCAUACAAGAUGAGCAACUUAGGAUACGGCGGCGACGUGGGGCUUGCAGCUGACACAAGCCUGCUUCGCCUAGAGUCUCUGGUCUCCGAGAGCGCUGUGGUAAUCUUCAGCGUGAGCACGUGCUGCAUGUGCCACGCCGUGAAGGGUCUCUUCCGAGGAAUGGGAGUCAGCCCCGCCGUUCACGAGCUCGACCUCCUCCCUUACGGCGGCGACAUCCAGCGAGCACUCAUUCGUCUCCUCGGCUGCUCAGGCGCCUCUUCUCCAGGUGCUCUUCCGGUGGUCUUCAUCGGUGGUAAGCUUGUUGGAGCUAUGGACAGAGUCAUGGCUUCUCACAUCAACGGUUCUCUUGUUCCUCUCCUCAAAGAGGCAGGCGCUCUCUGGCUAUGAAACUUUCUUUCUUUGUUCUGUUUUAUAGCUUUUGAAGUUUUCUUUUUUCUUAGAAGAAUGGGGAAGAUUAGGGAACAAAUGAAAGCUAUAAUGACAGGCUAGGUUAUAAUAGUAGUUUGUAAUUAGAGAGAGUUGUGCGUUUGUUUUAAGCUCCCUUUACUCUCUUAAUUCUAAUUACUGCGUACUAAUCAA